AUGUCUGUCGAAGAAAUUAAGCAAAAAGGUAACCAAGCAUUUAAAGAAAAGAACUUUGCUUUUGCCAUUGAACAAUACUCUAAUGCUCUCGAGUUAGAUCCUCAAAAUUAUACGCUUUACUCAAACAGAUCAGCUUCAUACGCUGCCAUGGGUAAAUACAACGAAGCUUUAUCUGAUGCACGUGAAGUUGUUAGAUUAAAUCCAGAUUGGGCCCGUGGUCAUUCUCGUCUUGGAACAGCUCUUCAUGGUUUGAAAGAUUAUCAAGCUGCUGCAGAUGCUUACAGGCGUUCUUUGGAGCUCGAUCCAAAUAAUAACGAAAUUAGAGAGCAAUUAGAAAAAUGCGAAAAACUUAUUAAAAUUAUUAACGGAGAUGACUCACUUUACAAUGAAAUUGGAAACGUUUUCACUCCAGAUAAAAUCGAAUUAUUAUAUUCUAACCCAACAACUAAAAAAUACUUAGACGAUCCUAAAUAUAAAGAAAUGAUGGAAGAUUUAAAGGCAAACCCACAAAAUCUCGUCAAGUACUUGAGUGAUGAACGUCUAGAAAAGACUUUGCAGGUCCUUAUUGACCCAAUAAUUCAGAAACAUAUGUUAAAUCCAGUUAAAGUUUCUCCUUCAGAAGCUGUUAGUGCUUCGAACCCAUCUCCAAAGGCUGAUAUAAAUAAGGAUGCUGAAGCCGAGAAAGAAGAAGGAAAUAAAUACUUCAAGACAGGAAAAUUAAAUGAAGCAAUAACUCAUUACGAAAAAGCUAUUACAAUUGAUCCUUCAAAUAUCAUCUAUUACAAUAACAAAGCUACGGCACUUAUUAAGUUGAAAAAAUUUGAUGAAGCGAUUUCUACACUUGAGAAAGGAAUCAAAGCUGGAAAAGAAAGCAAAGCUGACAAUGACUUCCUCGCCAAGGCAUAUUCUAAGUUAGGAAACGCUUACGCUAACAAAGGAAACAAAGAACCAGCUCUCAACGCUUACCAGGAUUCCUUGAAAUACAAAUUUGAUCAAGCUGUAGCUGAUGAAGCAGAAAAGCUGAAGAACUCCCUUUAA